AUGGAUAAAAAAUUAAAAAUUUCUUCCAAUAACAAAAAAUGUUCGUAUUGUAAUAAACCUAUUACUAAAAAAUCAUGGUGUAAAGAAUGUGACCCAUUUAGAAUGAUAGAAGGAUGGACCAGUGGAAACUUUGGUAUUGAUAAAUUUAUAAAAGAUACAAUAUAUGAUGCAAGAAAUUAUUCAGGGAUUGUUUAUAAAUUCCUCGUAUGGGUGCCAUUUAAUAGAUUUACAAAUUUAAAAAAAAUUUGUGAAGGCGGAUUUGCCGAAGUGUAUACUGCAAUAUGGAUUGACGGUAGAUCAGAGUAUCAUAAAAAUAAUGGGACAUGGAGAAAAGUAAACCCCGAACCUGGGAUGAAAGUUGCUUUGAAAAUAUUAAAGGGAUCAAAUAAUAUGUCAGACGAAUAUUUAAAUGAACUUAGAAUACAUUGGAAUAUAUCUAGAGAACAUGGAUUAAGUUUGUAUGGAAUAACUAAAGACCCAAAAACUGAAGAAUUUGUGAUGAUUUUAGAAUUUGCUUGUGAAGGGAAUUUGAGAAGUAGUCUUUCAAAGAAUUUUAAUAAUACUUUAUGGAAAAAUAAAAUUAAAUUAUUACAUGAUUCAUUAAUAGACUUACAAAAAUUACAUAAAUCAGGAUAUUUUCAUAAAGAUAUUCAUAGUGGAAAUAUCUUAAGAAUUUAUGAUGAUUUAACUUAUAUUUCAGACUUUGGAUUAUCUGGACCAGCAAAUGAACAAAAACUAAAUGAUAAAGUAUAUGGAGUAAUGCCAUUUGUUGCUCCAGAAGUCUUAAACGGAAAACCAUAUACAUCAUCCGCUGAUAUUUAUAGUUUGGGUGUAGUUAUGGUUGAAGUAUCAUCUGGAAAACCACCUUUUUAUAAUAUAAAACAUGAUGUACAUUUAGCAUUAGACAUAUGUGGUGGUCUCAGACCAGAAUUUGGAAAAGGAACUCCUGAAUUUUAUAAGGAAUUGGCUUAUAAAUGUAUGAAUGCUGACUCAAAUAAAAGACCAACAGCUGAUGAAUUAUGUGGUAUAUUUAAGUUUUGGUAUAGUUCUAUUAAUGGUAACACAAAAGAGGUAGAAGUAUUUGGUUAUAAAGGAAAAGAAAUUAAAGAAGCGUUUGAAGAAGCUGAUAAAGAAAUACCAAACAUCUCAAUUUCAUAUGAAAAGAAUUCUGAUGCUGUAUACACUAGUAGAGCAUUACCGAAACCUGUAAAUAAAGAUUAUGAUUCUAAAUUACCUGACUUGGAAAUUCCUAACUCAAUGCAAUUAAGAGAUAUUGAUAAUGAAAAUACGGUUGAUAAUUAG